GGAGCACGUGACUCUAGCCUGUCUCGCUAAAGAUGGCGGCGCCCAUACCUGCAGCGUGAAAGUGGUUUCCUCAGCUGUCCCUCAGUGCUGGAAUCAAAACAGUGGCACCGUGCGCCAUGUCGCGAUUGAUCGUGAAGAACCUCCCGAAUGGGAUGAAGGAGGAGCGAUUCAGGCAGCUGUUCGCAGCCUUCGGCACGCUCACGGACUGCAGCCUCAAGUUCACCAAAGACGGCAAGUUCCGCAAGUUCGGCUUCAUCGGCUUCAAGUCCGAAGAAGAGGCCCAGAAGGCACUGAACCAUUUCAACAAGAGUUUUAUCAACACUUCCCGGAUCACGGUGGAGUUCUGCAAGUCCUUUGGGGACCCGACAAAGCCCCGAGCCUGGAGCAAGCAUGCCCAGAAAGCAAGCCAGUCCGAGCCGCCUCCAGAGGACAAAGACUCCCUGCCCGCAGAAGCUAAGAAAGGCAAGAAGAAAAAGGCAGCAAGUGAACUGGAGAAGCUGAAGGAGGACACUGAGUUCCAGGAGUUCCUGUCAGUCCACCAGAAGCGGACACAGGCAGCCACGUGGGCUAACGACGCCUUGGGCGCGGAGCCCUUGAAAGGGAAGAGCAAGCCGGCCAGUGACUACCUGAACUUCGACUCCGACUCCGGCCAGGAGAGCGAGGAGGAGGGCGCUGGGGAGGACCCGGGAGGAGGGGACAGCCCCACACCGAAGGCGGCUGUGCAGAAGGAGCUGUCGGACAUGGAUUACCUGAAAUCCAAGGUGGUGAGGGCCGGCUCGCUGUCUUCCUUGGAGGAGGAGGAGAGUGAGGAUGAAGCCGUGAGCAGUGAUGCACAGAGUGAGGACGAGGGAGAGGAUUCCUGCACUGCCCCCGCCCAGCGGGACCAAGAGAAGACAGGGCAGGGCCCAGAGCAGGGGACCCCAUCUGGGAACAAGAAGCCACAGGAGGCCAGAGCCAAGACAGAGAAGCCAGCAGCCCAGAGGGAACCCACCACCCCCCACACGGUGAAGCUGCGGGGAGCCCCGUUCAACGUCACAGAGAAAAAUGUUCUGGAAUUCCUGGCACCCCUGAAGCCAGUGGCCAUUCGCAUAGUGAGAAAUGCUCACGGGAACAAGACAGGGUAUGUCUUUGUGGAUUUCAGCAGCGAAGAGGAAGUGAAGAAAGCUUUGAAAUGCAACAGAGAAUACAUGGGUGGCCGCUACAUUGAGGUGUUCAGGGAACAGAACGCGCCCAUAGCCAAGGGGCCCCCAAAGACUGCCGCCAAACCCUGGCAAGGCCGGACACUCGGGGAGAACGAGGAGGAAGAGGACCUGGCCGAUUCUGGGAGGCUCUUUGUACGAAACCUGCCCUACACCAGCACUGAGGAGGACCUGGAGCAGCUCUUCUCCAAAUUUGGUCCCCUGUCCGAGCUGCACUACCCCAUCGACAGCCUGACCAAGAAACCCAAAGGCUUUGCCUUCGUCACUUUCAUGUUCCCCGAGCACGCUGUGAAGGCCUACGCCGAGGUGGAUGGGCAGGUGUUCCAGGGCAGGAUGCUGCAUGUCUUACCAUCCACCAUCAAGAAGGAGGCCAGUGAGGACGCCAGCACCCCAGGAUCAUCCUCCUACAAGAAGAAGAAAGAGUCCAGAGACAAAGCCAACAGCUCCAGCUCUCACAACUGGAACACGCUGUUCAUGGGCCCCAACGCCGUGGCUGACGCCAUUGCGCAGAAGUACAGCGCCACCAAGAGCCAAGUGUUUGACCAUGAGACCAAGGGCAGCGUGGCCGUGCGCGUGGCCCUGGGGGAGACCCAGCUGGUCCAAGAAGUGCGGCGCUUCCUCAUCAACCACGGCGUCAGUCUGGACUCCUUCAGCCAGGCCGCUGCGGAGCGGAGCAAAACCGUGAUUCUGGCGAAGAACCUGCCAGCGGGCACCUUGGCAGCCGAGCUGCAGGAGGUCUUCGGCCGCUUCGGCAGCCUGGGCCGUGUGCUGCUGCCCGAGGGGGGCGUCACCGCCAUCGUGGAGUUCCUGGAGCCCCUGGAGGCCCGCAAGGCCUUCAGGCACCUGGCCUAUUCCAAGUUUCACCACGUCCCCCUGUACCUGGAGUGGGCUCCAGUGGGCGUCUUCUCCAGCUCAGCCCCCCUGAAGAAAGGAGCCCAGGACGCGCCCGUGGAACCUGCAGAAAAGGACGCAGCAGAGCCAGAGACCGCGCCUGAGAGCGAGACCGCGGAAGCUGCAGAGGCAACAGAAGGAGCGGCAGACAACUCUUCAUCAAAGAUGGAAGAGGAGGAGGUGGAAGAGGAGGAGGAGGAGGAGAGCCUUCCUGGGUGCACUCUGUUCAUUAAAAAUCUCAACUUCGAUACCACCGAGGAGACGCUGAAGGGGGUAUUUUCCAAAGUGGGCGUCGUGAAGAGCUGCUCCAUCUCCAGGAAGAAGAACAAAGCAGGAGUGCUGCUGUCCAUGGGCUUCGGCUUCGUGGAGUACAGGAAGCCGGAGCAGGCCCAGAAGGCACUCAAGCAGCUCCAGGGUCACAUCGUGGACAACCACAAGCUGGAAGUGAGGAUCUCAGAGCGAGCCACUAAGCCAGCCCUGACGUCCGCUCGGAAGAAGCAAGUUCCCAGAAAGCAGACCACCUCCAAGAUUCUGGUGCGGAACAUCCCCUUCCAGGCUGACAGCAGGGAAAUCCGCGAGCUCUUCAGCACCUUUGGGGAACUGAAGACCGUCCGCUUGCCAAAGAAGAUGACUGGCACAGGCUCGCACAGAGGGUUCGGCUUCGUGGACUUCCUCACCAAGCAGGACGCAAAGAGAGCCUUCAACGCCCUGUGUCACAGCACCCACCUGUACGGCCGGAGGCUGGUCCUGGAGUGGGCCGACUCCGAGGUGACCCUGCAGGCCCUGCGGCGGAAGACGGCCGAGCACUUCCACGAGCCCCCGAAGAAAAAGCGGUCUGUGGUGUUGGACGAGAUCCUGGAGCAGCUGGAAGACAGUGAAAACGACAGUGAGGAGCAAACCCUUCAGCUGCGAGCUGGCACCGAGAGGAUUGUUGGAUAAUGCCGCUCUCCAGGGCCAGGGAGAGAUGGCUGCCACUGGCAGAACAGCGUAAAAGACUGUCCCUUCCAUGCCAUGUGCCUGGACAACCUCCUGCCUCUUCAGACCCCGAGGGGGAAGCCGGACUUUCUCCCUGCCAGCACCACACUGACCGGCCCGUGCUGCAGAAUGAACUUGGAACCUCAGCUCACCGCAGGAGCAAGUCCUGUCUGCAAACCAGGAGUGAAGAGGGGCCAGGGACCAAGAGACCUAGCGCACAUUUUUGCUUGGUUUUCAAAUACGUAUUUUUCCCUUCACCUUUGAUGUAUAUCAGAUUCUUAUUUCUAAAUACAAAAAACAAGGUGCCUUUUAAACUAUGUCCCCACAGCAGUUUUCUG